UGCGGCCUUUUGCGGCAGUCCGGGUGGAAGCAGGACGCGGGAGCCGCCAUGGACGUGGGGGAGCUGCUCAGUUACCAGCCCAACCGAGGGACCAAAAGGCCCCGUGAAGACGAGGAGGAGGAGGUGAAAGUGCGCCCCAAGCAAGGCAACGCGCGGGAGCGUGUCCGGCACCGGGAAGAGGAGGCUCCGGUAGCGGAGGAGACAGAGGACGACAAGAAGAAGCUGCUUCAGAUCUUUGAAAGGGGAGAGGAGGAAGAGGAGGAGGAGGAGCCUCUGGAUGAAAGCUCCGUCAAGAAGAUGAUUCUCACUUUCGAGAAGAGGUCUUACAAGAACCAGGAACUGCGGAUCAAGUUCCCCGACAAUCCUGAAAAGUUCAUGGAGUCGGAGCUGGACCUGAACGACAUCAUCCAGGAGAUGCAUGUGGUCGCCACAAUGCCAGACCUGUACCACCUGCUGGUUGAGCUGAACGCCAUCCACUCCCUCCUGGGGCUGCUCGGGCACGACAACACGGAUGUGUCUAUAGCCGUGGUGGAUCUCCUGCAGGAGCUGACGGACAUCGACACCCUCCAUGAGAGCGAGGAAGGAGCUGAAGUCCUCAUCGAUGCCCUGGUUGAAGGGCAGGUGGUGGCUUUGCUGGUCCAGAAUUUGGAACGCCUGGAUGAAAGCGUGAAGGAAGAAGCCGACGGGGUCCACAACACCUUGGCCAUCAUUGAGAACAUGGCCGAGUUCCGGCCAGAGAUGUGCUCUGACGCUGCUCAACAAGGGCUGAUGCAGUGGCUGCUCAAGCGGCUGAAGGCCAAGAUGCCUUUUGAUGCCAACAAACUCUACUGCAGUGAAGUGCUGGCGAUUCUCCUGCAGAACAAGGAUGACAACAGGGAAUUGCUUGGGGAACUGGAUGGAAUCGAUGUGCUGCUUCAGCAGUUGUCGGUGUUCAAGCGCCACAACCCAGGCACGGCAGAGGAGCAGGAGAUGAUGGAGAACCUCUUUGACUCCCUUUGCUCCUCUCUGAUGCUGAGCUCUAACCGGGACCGCUUCCUGAAAGGGGAGGGGCUGCAGCUCAUGAACCUCAUGCUCAGGGAGAAGAAGAUCUCCAGGAGCAGUGCCUUGAAAGUGUUGGAUCACGCCAUGAUUGGGCCGGAGGGAGCCGACAACUGCCACAAGUUUGUGGACAUCCUGGGCCUGAGGACCAUCUUCCCCCUCUUCAUGAAGUCCCCCAAGAAAAUCAAGAAAGUCGGCACCUCGGAGAAGGAGCACGAAGAACAUGUUUGCUCCAUCCUGGCUUCUCUUCUGAGGAACUUGAGGGGGCAACAGAGGACCCGCCUGCUCAACAAGUUUACGGAGAACGACAGUGAGAAGGUCGAUAGACUGAUGGAACUGUAUUUCAAGUACCUGGAUGCAAUGCAGGUCGCCGAUAAGAAGAUUGAAGGCGAAAAGCAUGACAUGGUGCGCCGUGGAGAGAUCAUCGAUGAUGACCUGGAAGAUGAGUUCUACCUCCGUCGCCUGGACGCCGGCCUCUUCGUCCUCCAGCUCAUCUGCUACAUUAUGGCAGAGAUCUGCAGCAGUAACAUCGCCCAGAUCCGCCAGAGAGUCCAUCAGAUCCUGAACAUGCGGGGAAGCUCCAUCAAAAUUGUUCGUCACAUCAUCAAAGAGUAUGCAGAGAACAUUGGCGACGGGAAGGACCCAGAAUUCCGGGAGAGCGAGCAGAAGCGGGUUGCAGAACUGCUGGAGAAUUUCUGAGGAGCCCAAAGAGGACGGUCGCCUGGGCCUGGGGACGUCUCCGGAACUCCGCCCUCUUUGACCUGUGAAGGGACUCGCUGAAGAAUCCGAGCCCCUCGGGGCUUUUCAAGAUAUUAAAGUUGUUGGUUUUUUUUUAAAAAAAGAAA